CUCUCUACACUCUUCUCUGGUUUUUUCAUUUUUUUCUUCGCUUUCUCUCUCUUGAAUUCUUCCGAUGAAGCCUUGAGAGACUGCAGAGAGUCAUGGAUUUGACUCCCUGUACUUUACAAUUAUUGAUUACAAGGCCAUUGCUCAAUGGGGGGAGCUUGUUCUAGGAAGAGAGAUCCACAGGUCAAUGAGGACAGUCUACAAAGGGGUGUUUCUGGAAAGUAUUGCAGAAUUGGGAGUUCUAAGUGGUUGGGAACCUCAAUUUCUCGACCCGCCUUAGAUAUUUUACAGGGAAGAGGGCAAUGCCCUUCCCUCAUGGAAUUGUGCAUUUAUAAAAUACGUGAGGACAUAGAUAAAUAUACUACUUUUUCUAUGCUCCCAAGGGAUAUUAGCCAGCAGAUCUUUAAUGAAUUGGUGUUUUCCCAGUGUCUAACUGAUGUUUCCCUUAAAGCUUUUCAAGAUUGUGCUCUCCAGGAUAUUUAUUUGGGAGAAUACCCUGGAGUGAGUGACAGUUGGAUGGAUGUCAUCUCUUCACAGGGGGUAUCUUUACUUUCUGUGGAUCUCUCUGGUUCAGAAAUUACGAACUCCGGGCUGAUUCAUCUUAAAGAUUGCACAAACCUCCAAGCCUUAAAUUUAAAUUAUUGUGAUCAGAUUUCAGACCAUGGGCUAAAACACAUCAGUGGUCUCUCAAACCUGACAACUUUGAGUUUCAGAAGAAACAAUGCCAUUACUGCUCAAGGAAUGAGUGCUUUUUCCAGCUUAGUUAACUUGGUAAAGUUGGAUCUAGAGAGAUGCCCAGGAAUCCAUGGUGGACUUAUUCAUCUUAAAGGGUUAACAAAGCUUGAGUCUCUUAACAUCAAUAUGUGUCAUUGCAUAACAGAUGCUGAUCUGAAGCCUCUCUCAGGGCUUACAAACUUGAAAGGAUUAGAAAUUUCCCGCAGUAAGGUCACAGAUGAUGGUGUUGCUUAUUUGAAAGGUCUGCACAAGCUUGCUUUGUUAAACAUGGAGGGUUGCCCUGUUACUGCUGCAUGCUUAGAGUCUCUUUCAGAUCUUCCUUCCCUGUUGUCUUUAAAUCUUAACAGAUCUAUGCUAUCUGAUGAUGGAUGUGAGAACUUUGCACGACAAGAGAAUUUGAGAGUGUUAAACUUGGGGUUCAAUGACUUGACGGAUGCAUGUUUGGUACAUUUGAAAGGUUUAACAAAUUUGGAGAGCCUGAACCUGGAUUCAUGUAGAAUUUGUGAUGAAGGGCUUGCAAACUUGACAGGCCUUCGACAUCUGAAAUGUUUGGAGUUGUCCGAUACUGAAGUUGGAAGCAAUGGGCUUCGUCAUCUUUCUGGUUUGGCAAAUCUGGAGAGUAUAAAUCUGUCUUUCACUGCAGUUACAGACAGUGGUUUAAGAAAAUUAUCUGCUCUAUCAUCUCUUAAAUCACUUAAUCUGGAUGCUCGCCAGAUUACAGAUGCUGGCCUUGCAGCUCUUACAAGUUUGACUGGACUGACUCAUUUGGAUCUUUUUGGAGCUCGAAUUACAGAUUCAGGCACAAGCUAUUUAAGAAACUUUAAGAAUCUGCAGUCAUUGGAGAUAUGUGGGGGAGGAUUAACUGAUGCUGGUGUGAAGAACAUUAAAGAUCUUACUUGCCUCACAGUGCUAAACUUAUCACAGAAUUGCAACCUGACUGAUAAAAGCUUGGAAUUGAUUUCUGGGUUGACUGCGCUGGUCUCUUUGAGUGUUUCCAACUCUCGUAUAACCAAUGCAGGGUUGCAGCAUCUGAAGCAACUGAAGAAUUUGAAGUCACUGACACUGGAUUCGUGCAAGGUGACUGUGAAUGACAUUAAGAAGCUCCAAUCAAAAGACCUCCCUAAUCUGGUAAGCUUCCGGCCCGAGUAGUUUUCGUGAUUUAUUAGAUAUUCUGAGUAGCUCCUGGUCAGCAUGGAGCAGCAGUGUAUAUAAGAAGAAUAAAACAGAAACAUUGAAUAAACUGUACAUAUGGGUGGAUCUGAAUGUGGGUUUUAGCAUGCUGAGAAUCCAAGGUUCUGAUGGGAUGUUAUGAAUAUUUUAUACAAAGCAUUCCUCGAACUUGUGUAGAUGUGGAAGAAAAUGUAGACAAUCUUCUGCUGCAUGUUUGAUUGUUGCUCCUUUGUGCAAAGCUUUGUAUUGAAUGUGUACAGAUACACUGAAAGAAAAUGGAAAUGUAGAUAAGCUUCCUUGGCAUGGUUUUACA